AUGAGCGUUUCGUCGAAACUCUUCAAUCUUACAUUGAACAUACCAAGUAUUAAUAAAACAAUGAGUAAUCAAUCACUUUAUAUAUCAAUGAAACUACCUCUUGUUGACGACUUAUACAUUGUUGAUAUUCAUCCGAUGUAUAAUCGCCAAAAAGUUCAUUUUAUUACAACUUAUCUUUGUCAGCAACCAUUUUCAUCGCACGCCGAUUUUUGGUUUGAUUCUCAACCAUGCGAUAACAUGGAUAUGUCAAUGACUAUCUAUGAAUGGUAUUAUAACAUACCUGCUGUGCACUGGCCAAAAGAAAAUCGUGCUGAAUUCUCUUGUCAGCAUCGUCCAUUACCUAUGCAAAUAUUUUCUACUGAAUUAUUUUCAAAAUAUGAAGGCAAAAGUAUUUCAUUAUAUCGUGUACGGAAUCGUGAAGUGCAGCCAAUAAUUAAGGGAAAUCUUCAAUGGCCUAAAACUUUUUAUCAAGUAACGAAUCCAGUCGAUAUCAUAGUCAAUGAUUAUUUAAUUGGUACUUGUCUGUACGAGCCAAUGCCUUCAACACAUAGUCCAAAUCCUCUCUCGGAAGUCGUUUGUCAAAUAAAUGCUAUGUUUUGGACGGAACACGACGAUGAGACACCAAUGAAAAUAUGUUGGAAUAAUGAUUAUUCUCGAAUACUUAAUCGUUAUCUUCCUGUUGAUGAACAAAUUGUACCCGAAACAUUAUUUGAUAUUAAUCCAACAUAUCCAAAAGUAACACCAAAUCAAUAUGCGAUAGGAAGCGUCAAUGAAUCAAUAUUGAGUUGGACAUCAAUGAACAAUAAAACGAACACGAUAUUUUUAACAUAUUCACAAGACGAUCGUUUUGAAAAAGUGAUUCGUCUUGCACGUAAUCGAAAUUCAUUGUUCACGAUUAUAUUCAUCAUAUUACUAGCGUUAUGUGGAAUUAUUAUGCUCUUGAUUGGUAUUAGUAUAAUUCGAUCGUAUAGAAAUAGCACAUAUUCAUUGAGACGUAAUACUCGAUUAAAAGCAAUUUCAGUUGGAGGCGAGACAAGUUCAUUGAGUAAAUGGCUUACAAAACGACGAUUUCAAGAAUAUGAUCAAGAUACUUGUGAAAAUGGUGAAAAAGAACCAUUGGCAUACAAUCAAAACGAGUCUGCAUCAAGUGAUGAAACUGACGUGUCGGAUAAUGAAGUUUUCACUACAACUGAUUUUCAAAAUGUAAUACUUAAAUAUUAA